AAUUUACCUCUAACGAGACUUGUCCCCUCGAAGAAGCUCCUUUAUAUAAGCACCGUUUUCUUCCUCUUUUGUACUUUUUUCUUUCACACAUCCCUCUGAAAUUUUCUCCUUAUAUUGAUCAUUCUUCUAUACAAAACACCCACGGAUAUAUAUAUAUAUAUAUAUAUAUAUACACACACACACGAUCUUAUAUAUAUCUCGAGUUUCAUAUAGAGCAAAAGCUUCUGAAAUCCACCUUCUCAAUCGGUUCAUUUUUUGACAAAAUUAAGAUCCGGGGUUUUUGUGUGGAAAUGGAGGAAAUUGAGAACAACAGCAAGGGAGGGGGACUGGUUGACUUGCCGCCCGGAUUUCGAUUUCAUCCAACGGACGAAGAGAUCAUAACUUGUUAUUUGACGGAGAAGGUGAUGAACAGCAAAUUCUCAGCCGCCGCGGUCGGUGAAGCCGAUCUUAACAGGUGUGAGCCUUGGGAUCUACACGAGAAAGCGAAGAUGGGGGAGAAGGAGUGGUACUUCUUCUGCCAGAAGGAUAGGAAAUACCCGACGGGGAUGAGGACAAAUCGCGCGACAGAGUCCGGUUACUGGAAGGCGACGGGGAAAGAUAAGGAGAUCUUUAGAGGCAAAGGGUAUCUUGUCGGGAUGAGGAAGACUCUUGUCUUCUACAAAGGAAGAGCCCCUAAAGGAGAGAAGACCAAUUGGGUCAUGCACGAAUAUCGUCUCGAGGGAAAUCUCCCUUUCCCCAACCUCAAUAGGUUCUCCAAGGUGUCGAAAAAUCACAACGUUGUGUGUUAGAGAAGGACGAAUGGGUUGUCUGUAGAAUUCACCACAAGCAUCUUGGAUCAUCAAACAAGAUCCCGAUCGAUGAAAACGCGAUGAACUCGUUCG